AAGGACUGAUCGAGAGGUUGUAGCUGAUCUGGAGUGCAUGUCACUUUUAAGCCUGCACAUCUGCGCAGUAUUUGUGGAAUUAGCUAUUUCCCUGCUUCCAUCGCCACUGAAGGGUCCAGAAGUCAGGGCUUGACUUUUAGGGAGGUGGAAGCAUCUAGUAUAAAGCCGUUUGUCCGAAUCGCCAUAGCGGAGGCAGUUCUUCUAGGAUAGGUGGGCUCAGAUGGUCCCCCGUUCUUCUCUCAUCGGAACUUCACCGCAUCCUUCAGAUGGAUACAAAAUGCUAAUCCUUUAGUCCAUGAAGUGUGACUUCUCUUGUCAGCGCAAUUGAAGUUCAGCAAAUUUUGCCACUGACAAUCACGCAGCCGAACUCGCAUGCAGUGUGAGCCUCUGAAAUCCGGCUGGCAAGCUUCUCGUUCUCUCCGAUUUGGACCUGGUUCCCUGAUCCCAUUUGAGCAGGACUUAUGGCGUUCGAACGGUGUGACGCUUUCUCGAUGGAAGAACGAUCGAGGAAAUCAGAGCAUCAUGACUGAUGCCCACACGCGGGAUCUGGAGCAGGUCUCUGUACGUCAAUUCUUGUUUUCCAGAUGGCAUUAACUUUCGAGAUGGGAUUUAGAGCAACGCAAGCUAUCAACAUACGCGUCACUUUGAGCGCUAGAUCCCAAUACCACCUUCAAGAUAAUAGGUGUCUUGUUUAAAAGGAUGUCAACGUCA